UGUUCAGCGCUGUGUGGAGAGCAAAUCGAGAUACAGUAGUAACCCGGAGUGAGGUGGCAGCCUUAUUCCACAUCGACACCGACUUGCCCUGCACACGUCCAAUCUGUCUCCAUAUCGCAGAGCGCACUUGAGGAGUGAAGGAGGAAAGAGUCAAGAUGGCAUCUGGAAGUGGCUGUGGACGAUCCGAGAUCUAGUCUCUUCAGAGGUUUUUUGUGUGUGUGUUGGUACCACACAGCUCAAGUGACUGGCCGUGGCGUUGAUAACUAAGUUGCUCGUGGCCGAGUCGGGACUUCGCUGGUGGGGAAUAGCAACAAAGGACGGGAGCGCGCAUUCAUGGGUCGCGACUUUGACAGCUCCUCGUUUCUUGUCUUUUAACUUUAUUACCUGGCAGUGGGGGCGACAUUGUGAUCGGAGAUGAUGGCCGAGGCUUCGCUGUCUGACCCACUACGGGAUUUGGACGUGAUCAUCGACCCGGACUUCGAGCCUCAGAAGCGGCCCAGAUCUUGCACCUGGCCGCUGCCACGACCCGACUCCAACACGACAAAACCCGAGAGCAAUGACACCGAUAUUAUACAUGAGGAAGAGGAUGAUGAAGAAGAUAAUGCCACCAGUACGACCAUCAGUGUUAAUGACUCGGACUUGGCGAUAGAUGACCAGAGCAGCAACAGCCCCGUGGCUGAUGGAGCGCUCUCCUCCUCCGGCCAGGAGAGCGGAGGCUCCCCGCUCUCCGCGCACUCCCCGACGGCCACCUCUGGCGCGCUGACCGCCAGCAGCUUGGCUGCCCAGCAGACCCCGAGGAAAGCAUCCUCUCGCCGUAAUGCUUGGGGAAAUCUUUCUUACGCCGAUCUGAUAACCAAAGCCAUUGAGACCGCGCCGGACAAGAGACUGACACUGUCUCAGAUUUACGACUGGAUGGUGAGAUCCAUCCCCUACUUUAAAGACAAAGGCGACAGCAACAGCUCUGCAGGAUGGAAGAACUCCAUCCGGCACAAUCUUUCCCUUCACAGCCGCUUCAUCCGCGUCCAGAACGAGGGAACGGGGAAGAGCUCCUGGUGGAUGAUCAACCCAGAGGGAGGGAAGGGUGGCAAGGCUCCUCGCCGCCGGGCCGUCUCCAUGGACAACAGCAACAAGUACACCAAGUCGGCCCGCGGCCGCGCCGCCAAGAAGAAGGCGGCUCUGCAGGCCGCGGCCGCCGCUGCCGGCGAAGGCGGCGCGGACAGUCCCUCGGGUCUCUCCAAGUGGCCGGGAAGCCCAACGUCACGCAGCAGCGAGGAGCUGGACGCGUGGACAGACUUCCGCUCCCGCACUAAUUCCAACGCCAGCACAGUAAGCGGUCGCCUCUCACCCAUUCUGGCCAACCCUGAGCUGGACGAUGUGCCCGAUGAGGAGCCUCCUCUCUCGCCGAUGCUGUACUCCAGCCCUGGCAGAGCGCUGUCUCCUAGUAACACCACAACCAACGGGAAGUCUGCGCCGGCUGAGCUGCCCCGCCUUGCAGACCUGGCGGGUACAAUGAACCUGAAUGACGGACUAACAGAUGACCUGAUGGAUGAGUUGCUGGAUAACAUCGACCUGGUGCCGACCGUAACGGGGCCAGCGGCUCCAAAUGGCUCCUCUGGGUUCAACUUUGUGCCCAAACCCAACGGACUCGGCUCGCCUUCCUCCACCUCCUCUCCCUCCACCAACACGUCUCCUAACGGGGGAGUUAAUGGUUUCAGUAACUCCAUCUUUGGGCCCAACACAGCAGGCUCCUCUCUGCGUCCAUCCCCCAUGCAGACCAUCCAGGAGAACAAGCAGACCUCCUUCUCCAGUAUCAGCCUCUCUCGCUUUGGCAGUCAGACAAUACAAGACCUGCUCAACUCUGACAGCCACAGCCACAGCGAUGUCAUGAUGACACAGUCUGACCCGCUGAUGUCACAGGCCAGCGCUGCCGCCAUCAUUUCCCAGAAUUCCCGUCGUGGCGUCAUGCUUCGCAAUGAUCCCGUAAUGACCUUUGGCACCACUGGAGGACUUCAGGGCACCCAUGUGGAGAUUCAAAGUAACAACCACAACCAUAGCUCCUUGAGGUCUUUAAACGGAGACCUGAACCUGGCCAACGAGGCUAACGCUCUGGCUAAUGCCAAGCAGCAGCUGCUGCUCUCGCCCAUGGGAGGAAAUGGUUCCUCGUCCAUGCAGAUCGACACCUCGAUCUUCCUAAACGGGACAAUUAGCAGCAGUGGAGGGAUCUGCCAGGACCGUUUCCCCACAGACCUGGAUCUGGACAUGUUCAACAGCAGCCUGGAGUGUGACAUGGACUCCAUCAUCAGGAACGAGCUGAUGGAACCAGAUGGCCUGGACUUUAACUUUGACACUCUGGCCAACAUGAACGGAGUCGGCAACUUCGCAAGCACCAAGCAGACCUCUCAGAGCAGGGUGCCCGGCUGAGGGGGUCAGGCCGAGGAGCAGCAGAGCAGGUCUGAACUAUGUAGAGCAAGAGAAGAUCAGACUCACAACAUCCUUUUUGCCAAACCUGCCAUCAGCACAACAUAAAAUACGAACCCUGUGUUUACAGAAGAAGACUUCCUUUCGAGAGCUUUACCUUUGCUCCCACACUGGUGAGCCAUGAACGGGCCGACAGACUCCAGAGAUACUGCACAUCAUCCCUCGAAGCCUCUGGUAAAACAACAACAACAACAACAACAACAACAACAAAAAGAAAGCUUUGUCAAACUCACAAAUCUUAGAAUUAUGCAAUUUUCCUUUGACACCCAGUCUGUUGACAUCGAAGAGACACUGCUUUACCAGUAGGGGUUUCAGGUGAUAUACAAGGACUUGAUAUCAAGCAAAGAUUGAAAAGAGAGCAUGGAGCAGUUGUUUCCGUUGAAAACAAAAAAAAAGACAGAAAAAAAAUAAAGAAGCGAUGUGAUGUAAAUCUGAUCCAGUGCUUUCCUGGGAUGUGUCAUGUUGAAAAACGAAUAUGUCUCUGUUCUCUCUUGGUGAUUUUAAAUGUUCAGUGUUUGUUUUUUAGAUUUUCUGUCUUUCCAUUGUUUCUGCAUCAUACAUGUCUUUACAAGAAGAAUCAAUGUAAUUGAUGAAAUGGAAAAAUGAACGUGGAGUAUCUUUACUCGCUGAGUGGCCACGAUUACAGUACGUACAAACACACCAACAGACCUACUCUUACGUUAAGUCAAAACUGCUCAAUGUAAUGCCAUGCACUUCCAGUUAUGUUGCUUCGAUGAAAUACUGAGGGUUGUAUUACCAUUAGCUGAAUAUUACAACAAAAUAUUUGCUAUCAUUUGUAAAAAAAAUAUGUAAAUCUGUAAUCUAAAUGUAAAAAAUAUGAAAAAGACUAGAGAAAGUAAAUCUCUGUUGUGUAUAUUUGUACAGUGCAGAGCAGUGUGAAGUUCAAGAAGGACAGGGAAAGAUAUUGUCCGUCUUUUGUUAGAUUUCUUAAAUUCUGGCAAAUUCUUUUGGGGUGGAUUUUCACUGCCUCAGAUGUAGCCCAAAUGAAUACCUGUGUCUUAGGGUUGUGAACAUUUCCACACCAUUACAGGUGCAAUGUAAACAGUGUUGAACCCUGUCCCGAGAGCAAGCCGUGAAUUUUGUUUGUCUGUUUUAUUUCCGUUUCAACCCACGACUUGCAGAAGGCCAACGCUGCAGCCAUUUGUAGCACGGCGACGUUGAACCUGCAGACGGCGAUGGAGAGAGGAGGGUUUUAGGCUCAUUCCUCGAGACGCCAUUUGUCUCUCGAGUAAAACAAUAAUAAGCUAUCUCUGUAUCUUGCCAAAUUACUUGAAACAAACAGUAGGAUAUGCUGGCAGCCAAAUCUAGACACAUAGAAACACACACACAAGCACACACACACACACACACACACAUAUUUGUUGCACACACAUAGAUAGAAGAAAUAAUACCAGGGAUCUGUGUUAAGCUCUGCUGUUCUCUUGUCAUGAGCUAGUGAGGCUUCUUAUGCAUAUAUAGAAUCACUCAGGGGGGGAAAGGGAGGCUUCCCAUUUUAAGUAACAUCAAGUCACAUUCUAAUGGUAUUUUAAAUAUUUCCUGAUAAUAAAAAUAAUGCUUUGUGUUUGUGAACUUGUGACCUGUGAACUUUUGGUCGUCAAAAGGAAGAAGGAAGAUAAACGGCAGGAUUAAGACUUCAUGCGGUCCGUUAUUUUUGGUUUCGCUGUCAUGGCUUUUCCCCUCUCGUCGGACUUGUGACACGCGGACACACAUCCCCCUCAUGGACACGCCGAGUGCUCCUACAGGUGACUCCCUGUACCUCGUACGUGUAUAUCUGUGGAAUUUGUUUCUGUUGAAUUAAUCUCCUCCCUCAUUAUCCCUCAUGGUGCAUACAGCACAGACGACUGUAUGCAUGGUUGUAUUUAUGCAUUAUGAAUUGUGUGAAAUGCACAUAUACUCGCUGUAUGUCCUUAUAUACUCAUGUAGUACUUGACCCCUUGUGAUAGCUCUGAAGGUAAAGUUGAAGAAGUAAUGAACAAUGUUACACACCCUGUGGGAGGGAACACUGUCACCAGCGAUUUAAUUGUUGAACCAGAUUUUUUUAAAUGGUGGAAAGCACCGUUGUUGUAGCAUCUGGACACCCUGGUAUCCCUUCUCUGUCUGGGGCAGCAACAUGAAGUGUAUGCCCCGCUGUGUAGAAUAAUGUACAGAUGUGUGUUUAUCACUUUGAGGCCGAGGCAGAGAAGUGUGUGUGCAUGGUUGACUAGAAUGAUCUACUGUGCUACCGGAGGUUUAGUGCAUGACCUAGCUGUACCCCUAGACCCUUCCAAUGGUGCCGUCCUGCGACAGAAAUUGUAAUUCACAGAGGAACCCUGUGUCUUUAGCACUUAAGCACACACACACUUUCUAUUUUUUAAAUCAGGACUUACAGAGCUGCGUCCUCCCACAUGAAUGGGUUUGUUAUUACGAGUGUGUGUACAUCGAGGCAGACACAGGGAAAGCCUCCCUAACGGACGUUCCUCGGCUCCAUACUUGUUUUAUUCCACGUGGAGUACAGGAGGUUCACGUCCUGGUGCUCUCAGUGAGUGUUUGGUCCUAAUUGUGAUGUGGUAGAAGCGUCAUCUGACAACGAGCUGGGAUUCCCUACACACUUGUCACAUCUGUCCACAAUGUCCAAAGCGUCUAUCAAAUGUCUUGGCAGGGGGAAUCCUGAGCCAUCACCUGAACUGCUAAGCAUUUGAAUUUAUCUCCACUGACUUAAUAUUAGAAGGACUUAACUACUCCUGUGAAGAAGACUCACAAGGUAAAUCAAAGGAGCCCUGUAAUCCCUUCUAUUUAAAGAGACGGGUUAUUGAUCCUUGAUAGAAAAUGCAAAUCUCAAUCGCAGGAAGGUGUUCCAUACAUUUUGUACAUCCAGCGUAAAAUGUUGUGGCUCUUCGGGGAGAUAGUUUACACUUUGUCAUAGUGGAGCAGGCCUUCCACACAACCACUCAGUGCUACUGCUUCAUUGAUGCACAGAUUAUCUCCUCUUGUGCCCAACACACACACACACACACACACACACACCUGCAGCACAACUCAUGCAAAUCUAAAGCGAAGAAAAGCAAAAAAUAACAAAAGAAAGAUACCACUAGAUACCUUAAUCACCUUCGGCGUUUCCUUUUCAUUAUCUUCUCUUGGACCUUUUUCAUAAUUGUUUCGAGGCCCAGGCCAGCUCCCCUCCUUACGCCCUCUGAACUUUUCCCUUUAUUAAUCUUGCUUCUUCUCGACUUGAUGUUAGUGGGUAUUUUUCCUGUGUAUUCCAUUUUGAAUUGUAAUCUAGUUUGUAUAAGAAAUGGUGCGCAUGUAAAUAAAGCUUGGUGAUGCUCCA